AUGACUACACCUAUUUAUCUCGGAAUCGUGGGUGUUGGCGGUGUUGGCAAUGCGUUCCUAGAGCAACUCGGACAACUAUCAAACCCUCCGAAGCUUGUUCUGCUAGCCCGCUCGACGCAAACGCUCAUGUCCGCGGCGCCAACGUAUUCACCAUGUAUCCCAUUCACUACGUGGGAAGAUGCUGCAAAGUCGCCAUCUCUAGCCAAAUCAAACGCUUUACCACCGGCUGAGAUUGCAGCAUUCCUUGCAUCCGCUCCAGGCAGGGCGAUUGUGGUAGACAACACAUCCGACCUCACCCUAGCACAAGCUUACCCGAUCUUUCUGGAACGAGGUGUAUCGGUGGUGACGCCAAAUAAAAAAGGCUUCUCUGAAGACAUUACACUAUUUAAUGACAUUUUUUCCUCUGCUGUGCGGGGAAAUGCCCUCGUCUAUCACCAGUGUACGGUUGGAGGGACUCUACCGGUCCUAUCAACGCUCCGAGAUCUAGUUUCAACAGGCGAUGCGAUCAUCCGGGUUGAAGGAGUUCUUUCCGGCACACUUUCGCUUCUGUUAGGCGAGUUUAUGCCUGGAAAUGGCACAUCCAGCGCACAAUGGAGUUUCCUGGUCUCUCAUGCAAAGGAAAUCGGACACACGGAACCAGACCCUCGUGAUGAUCUAAACGGCCUCGAUUUUGCACGGAAACUUACGAUCAUCGCCCGGGUGAUCGGUGUCGAAGUCACCAGCCCCGAUUCUUUCCCAGUGGAAUCAUUGAUCCCUGUCGAGUUAUCAACGAUACCGUCAUCGGCAGAGGGUAUUGCUCAGUUCAUGAGCGAAUUGCCGAAGUUCGAUGCCCACAUGGAUGCAGCAAAGAAUUCGGCGGAGAAGCAGGGCAAGAUUCUACGCUAUAUUGGCAGUAUUGAUGUGACUACCGGGGCCAUUGAAGUUGGACUCCGGCAUGUUGAGAAGGGUAGCCCCAUCGCCAAUCUUCAAGGCAGUCAAAUUGUCAGUAUUUAUACUAAGCGAUAUGGGACCAAUCCCCUAAUACUUCAAGGUGGUGGCGGUGGAGGUGAGAUCACGGCCAUGGGGUUGAUGGCCGAUUUGUUGAAAGCCAUGGAGCGUUUAAAGUGA